AAUGGAAAAUUGAUGGUUUAUUGGUAUGUCAAAAAGUAAUUUAUUGCGUCCGCGCUAAUGAUCUUUAUUAUAAUGCCGUAAACGUAUAUUGUUUGAAACAUUAAGCAUUGCAGUUGAAUUACUGGAGGUUUCAGCUACGAGGCAUCGGAGAGGAAUCUCUUUAAAGUUGAAUAACAAGUUCGAGUGAUAGGAUGUCUUUCAUUACGAUCAGAUUUGGAGACAACAAUCAUGCUCUGUUUAACCUGAACUGUUCAGUGGUUAACCUCCUGGACAACAUAAGAAAAAGAAGCAAUUGUGACAGAGAAGCUGCGAUUGAUUUGACGGAUGAAGAAGGGAAUGUUCAAAGGCUUGCUGAAAAACUGAACGAAAAUGCGAUUACGAUUUUACGACAGCGAGGCGAAUACGUUCUCUUACGAGUGGAAAAGUGUCAGGACAAACCAGAUGUAUAUUUGUCUCUUCUUAACGGCUUAGAAUACAGUAAUCCAGUUCUUUUUGAGAAACUUCAAAAUACGUCCAAACCAGAAGGCGAGCAACCAAAACAAAACAUAAGAAAGAAAUCUCCAUGGGACAGAGCGGGAGUGAGAAAGUUGGCAAGCAGAGCGAGAGAAAUAUCAAAUACAAGCCCAGUUAAAACAGAUUUAUCUCACAGAGACAACACUCCGAAGACUGAUGAUAAAAUAUCACUUCAUAGCGGCGAAAAACGAACCGCAAAGCAGAGAAAACCGGCCUUGAAAACUUUAUAAAAUAUCCUCAGUAAGGUUCACACGAUCCAAUUUUGUUGGAUUCAAUUUACUUCUAACGUAUGGAAUGUAGUCUGUUAUUGAUAAAGCAGUACUGCAUUAGCUUUAGUGGAUUUGCUGCCUCUAUACAUUGCAAGUCAACAGACACUAAAACAUCCCU